AGGUGCAACGACGGAGCUACGGGAACGAUCCUGCCUGCGGGUCUCCUGCACGCCGCGUGCAGAGCCACGGCAAGUGUCAGGCACCCCCACAAAACUAAUAAAAGCAUGCAUAUAUUAAAAAAAAAAAUAACAUCUGUAUACUUCGAUCUCUCAUUGGCUUUUCUGGCUCUCAACAACCGCGACAUUCACAUCAGCCCCGACCUUGUUUCGCAGAUUCUCUGCUGGACCUGCGGUGCCGACGUCAUCUACAUGCGGUUUCCGCCGGGGACGCAGGUGUGGGUGCGAUGCGACGACAGUGUGUGGUGGCCCGCAAAAGUGAAGGAGAUGGACGCCGAGAUGCGUGCUUUUCUGAGCGCUGACGAGGACUGCUGCGUCGAGUUCUAUCACAGCCCCGGAGAGCUUUACCCUCUAGUCUCCUCGGACGACAGCCGCGUGUGCGUCUUUCACGCCCAGCCACAGGCACGCACGGCUGAAGAGGAGGAGUGGCUCGCAAACGAGGAGGUGAAGACGGCUGCGUCGAAGGCAGUGCGCGAUCAUCAGUGGCGCGAAGGUAUGCACCCCUCUCCGGGGCCUCCACCACUUCCCCAACCCGCGUCCCUCCCCGUUACAGCUGCCGUGGCAGCCCCCACCCCCACCCCCACCGCAACGCCCUUCUCCGCUGCGGAGCUGCGUAACAUCCAGGCGCUGCUCGGAGCCGUCGGACCGGAGAUAUCGUCACGGCUUCGCCAGCAGCUGCAGCACGCCCGCGUCUCCGUCGCAUCGAGGGGCGUACAGAAAAAAGAGGCCAGCGAGCGGAAGUCCCGUAAACGGCAGCGGGCCGUCCCCAACACGCUUCCGUCGCCCUUCUCCAGCGCGGUGCAGCAGUGGCGGCACGACGUCGUUAUGCCUCUUCCGGUGCGUAGCCCUCCGCUUCCUCCACUUACGUCGUCUGCAACCCUGGGAGCGAGCACCGGUGCGGCCGCCCCGGACCGGUCCAACUGGGAGGCCUCACCUCGCUCUUACCCCUCCACCCCGUCGGACUUUCCUCGAGUUCCUGCUGGAGAGGACAGCGAUAGCGACGGCAGCGACGCCUUACCUUUCGUCCCGGCGGCACGGCGGCACGUCUUGGAGGUUCUGCGUCACGAGGUCUUCGACAACCCCGCCAGAUUCGUUCUGUCUCCCGUCUUCCACUUUGUGGAGCUGCUCGGCGCCGUAGCGGUGGAGAAUCGAAGUCUGACCACGACGCUGCCGUCGCCACGUGCGGUGCGUGAAACCCCCGCCAACGGCUUUUCGCCGCAUCGCCGUGUUUUGUUGGUGCCGCUGACGGAGGACUACGACCACACGACGGGUUGGAUGGUGCCGAUGGAGUUGGACGGCGUGUCGCUGUCCAUGUCGCUUUACAUCGAUGGCGCGCUGGUGCCGCUGCCGCCCAACUGGCAGCUCUCACCCGCGAAGGAGGCGUCGGCGGUCAAGACGGCCGUCACUAUGGACGUCACCGACGCUGUGCUCGGCGCAACAAGAGAUCUGUUUUCACUGAGCGUUGUCUUUUCGGGGGAUGUGGAGGCAAUGGAAAUGUGGCGCGGUGUGAUCGCGUGCGUGUUGGUGGAGGAUAUUGGGCUUUCGCGGCUCGGGGAGCGCAUCGUCUCCACGUACCGUAAGCCGCGCCUCACCUCCGCCUCCCGCUCUCCGUCGCACACGCGAGGCGAUCGCAGCCUCGUCGACAUCACCGAGGCGUCGGUCAAGGUUCAAUGCCCCAUCACCACCCUCACCAUGGAGAUCCCAGUCCGGAGUGUGUACUGCGAGCAUCUACAAUGCAUGGAAUUGGCAGCGGUGCUGAUCCAGUCUGUGCGACAAAACGUGUGGAACUGCCCGCUGUGCAACGCCGCCAUGAAGCCGGAGGACAUCUGCGUGAAUUAUCGCCUGAAGGACUGGAUCGCCUCCCAUCCGCAGCAGCUGUCGCGCGUGGAGUUCGUCGUGGAAACGACGGCGGGAACUCCGUUGAAGGUCGUCUACAGAGCAGCGAAGGAGCGCGACGACGCCGCGGUGGAGGUGGUCGACGACGACGACUGA